AUGCGAGCGAAAUUGGUGACCGAUGUGAUCGAGGAUUCAGGAGGGCCGGGUAAAGGUGGCGGAGAAGACCCCGCCAAGUCCACCGAGCAGGAGGACCGGACUCGACCUCAGAUCCUGUCGGGAUCGGGCUACUGCAAAUGGUUCAACGUCCGGAUGGGCUUUGGAUUUACCUCAAUGACCAGCAGCGAAGGGAGCCCCGUCGACCCCCCUCAGGAUGUUUUCGUCCACCAAAGCAAACUGGUGAUGGAGGGCUUCCGCAGCUUAAAGGAGGGUGAGCAGGUGGAGUUCACCUAUAAGAAGUCCUCCAAGGGCCUGGAGUCCCUGCGGGUGACCGGACCUGGUGGGGGACCCUGUGCAGGCAGCGAGAGGAGACCCAAAGGGAAGGUCCCACUCCAGAAACGCAAACCAAAGGGAGACCGCUGUUAUAACUGUGGAGGUCUGGAUCACCAUGCCAAGGAGUGUGGCCUGCCCCCCCAGCCAAAGAAAUGCCACUACUGCCAGAGCAUCACGCACAUGGUGGCUCAGUGUCCCCACAAGGCGCUGGCGCCCGCCACCGGCUCUCAGGACCAACAUGCGUCUACCUCGGCCUUCAGCCCGGGGAGCGGGCCCUACCUCUGCCCCCCGGAGGAGGAGGAGCGCUCCGGCUCGUCUCCCCUAGAAGGCUCCUCCUCCUCCCCCGAGGAGCCCCACACACACCGCGGUCCCCGGACCCAGAGGUGGAGGAAAUCCUGAAGACUGCCCCCUAGAGGUGAACCCCCUUGACCCUCAUGUCUCCCCUCAAUCAAGGAUACCUGAA